AUGGCCUCCCUCAAGUUUAUUCUACUCUUCACACUUAUCUCGAACGCCCUUGGCGCUCCUCUCACCCACAAUAUCGAGACUAGUGGAAAUUCUGCUAGUGACCUCCAGAAUCGCGGUAUUUGGGCCCCAGCAGAAGCAGCUGGAAAAAGCAUCGACAGCGGCACUUACUCCCGUGACUCUGGAACAUUCAAGGACAUCAAAGGUUCUGAUGACCAAGAGCUCAAUGAGAUCAACGAGAUUUCCUCCACGCUCCGGCCGCAUGAAAUUAGCGAGGAAGCCAAAAACCCUCAGACCCGCAACUUAGAAGUCAACGACUUUGCCGACAUUGAGGGUCGUAACGAAAACCAGAAUAAAGGGAAUUCGAACUCUGCAGCUAAGGCUCGUGUAGACAAGGAGAAGAAUGAGGUCAAAGAUGUUCAGGCCGCGCAAAGGGCACAACACCAGGCGGCCAAGCAAAGCGAGGAUCGUGAGCGACAAGAGGUUGAUGACGCGCGCCAAAGGGAGAAAGAAGCUACCAAUUCCCGGGACAAGGCGGCAGCCAAGAAGGAUAAGGCCAAAGAACAAGCGGAACUAAACGAUGUAAAGCAACAGAACCAGAAGGACAAGGCCCGCCUUCAGAGUGAAAAGAACAAGGAGAAGCAGGAGUUGGAAGACGCUAAGCAAGCGCAGAGGGGCAACAACCGUGUUGUAGAUACCCAGUACUCCGGAUCUCACAGAAACUACUACGGUCCCACAAAACGGUCCAAGGCCUACGACAGGGACCUCGCAUACAAAAUGCCUGAGGUCCAAUCAAAGGGCUACCAUGAUGACUAUGCGACACAAAGGGCUAAUGAGGAUGAGCGAAUUCGUGAGGCGUACCUCGCUAAAGACAACUGCGGCGAUCGGAUUCAAUAUCUGCAAGGAGUGCGACAGCAGCAGCUCGAUAUCAUCAGCCAGGCCCAGUACGAAAAGACUCAGAGCCAGGCCCGCGUCGGCGAGCUUCAGCAACAAAAGGUUUACAGUCCUGACAAAGACUCGAUCGACGAGCAAAUACGGGCAGAGGAAUGGCGUCAGCAAGUUGCAGACCAAAGAAUUAACGGGGCACAAAGCAGCAAAGAAGCCCAAGACCAAUUGAUUCGGGCCGACGAGAAAUGCCGAGACCAACAGGAUGCGUUGAUCAGGUCCGAUCAGAAUGGGAAGAACAGGGAUGAUGAACUGAUCCGCGAGCAACAACAAGCCAAGGCUGCCGAGGACCUGCGCCUCCAGCAACAGCAGGCUAAGGAUGAUGCCGAGUACAAACAUCAGCAACAGCAAACCCAACACGCCGAGUACAGACGCGUUCAGCAACAGCAGGCCAAGGAUGCCGAGGACAGGCGUAUCCAGCAACAGCAAGCCCAAGACGCCGAGUACAGGCAUCAACAGCAGCAAGCCAAAGAUCCCGAGUACAGACGUAACCAGCAACAACAGGCUAAGAAUGCCGAGUACAAACAUCAGCAACAGCAAAACCAAGACGCCGAGUACAGGCAUCAGGAACAGCAGGCCAAGGACGCUGACCAGAAACAGCGUGAACAGCAGCGAAAGGAAGACCAGAGGCGCAUUGAUCAGGAGCGUAAGGAGGAGGCGGAUAGGCUCAGAGAGCAGCAGGGCCAAAGCGACAAUAAGCACAAGGCAAACACUGGCACCUGA